AUGAAUACGAAAAAUGAGACUGUACUUUAAAAUCAUGUGGCUUCUCAUAAUAUUGUCUGUUACACAAAUUGCAAUCGCGUCGGCUUACUCCUCCCGGCGAGAUCUGCAACGCGGAAAGCGAUUGCUCUCCCCAGACUGUGAUGGGGAGGGAGAAAAGUGUGCGUCCGGUUCUGGCCAGAUGGACGACGUGGCACAGGAGAGACCCGGUUGCAUGAAGAUCAAAGCGAAGUCACGUACCACUGGAAUCGCGAUGAAAGCGGCUCAGGAAGCAAAGCAGGCCAACGACGACAUGGUUAAUGCGGUCAAAGUGGCAUCAGAUCGGAUUAAGCUAGAGUACGCGGACAAGGCGUCCACUGCUGCCAAGGCGGCUGAGGCGGUGCUGGCUAGUAAGCAGCAGGUGCUGGAGCAGCUCGAAAUGGAGGUGCGGGAGGCAGAGAUUAUCGUGCAGGAGGAGCUGCUAGAGCUGAGUUCAGCUGAAGCCAAUAGCCAACUUGCACUGAAGGCCCACCAACAGGCCCAAGAAGAGACAAAGCUGCUCAUCUCUGGAUUAAAGCUGGCCAAAGAGAAUUGUGCCAGUGCCGAACAGGUAUCAACCGCAUGCCAGCAGUCAAUGGCUGUGAAGGCCAGUCUCCUGGAAGCAGCCCAGAAGCGCGUCGGUGUGCUCCUGCGGCAACUGAGCGAAGCACGUAACGACUACGCCAAGACCAAAAAGGCUGCCUACAGAGCAAUGUGUGCGGCCAACGAAGCCAAGCAACGGAUUAAUCACACCAAACGCUGAUAGAGAGGGCGACAAGGGACGACUUAUUGAUUAACCGUGUUGAGUUUAAUUAUUCAUCUUUAUACCACACGUGUUACCAACGUAUAUUUUUUGUUAACAAUUUCUUCUUUGAAUUAGAAUCAAGACAAAUUUCCAAUUUUUGACGAUUCUCAGCGAGCGUUGUAUAGUAAUAAAAUGGAACACU